AUGGGAUCGAAAACUGAUAAAUACAUUCUUAACGAUGAAUCACAGUCAAGCGGUUCAUCAUCACCAAGAUUAAUCAAUUACGAUUUAUCUCCAUCAGUCGAUGAUGAUCUAACAUUAGUUUGGCUCGAUCGAGAAUUGCAUAUCCAUCCGAAAAACAUCGAAAUUCAAAUAAAAAUGAAAAAUCUGAUAAAUUCUUUUCGAACAUUCACCGAUGUUCCAGCAUUUAUUGAAUUCAUUGAGUCUAACCAAGCAAACCUAUUCGUGAUUAUCUCUCCUGACCUUUCUCUAACAUUGAUUCGAUACGUUCAUGAUUUACCCCAACUAGAACAUAUUUACAUUUACAAAAGUAGCCGAGUUUAUCGGAAAGUUCUGGAGCAAACUGUGAAAAACUAUUCGAAAGUAUGA